CCUGCUUUCUUAUAGAACCCAGGACCACCAGCCCAUGAAUGGGGGCACUACCCACCACGGGCUGAGCCCUCCCCUGUUGAUUUCCAAUUGAGAAAAUGCCUUACAGCUGGAUCUCAAAGAGGGAUUUCCUCAGCUGAGGCUCCUUCCUCUCUGAUGAUUCUAGCUUCUGUCAAGUUGACACACAACCAGUAGAGGAGUUUUGCUCGGUCAUAAAAAAAAGUUCCACCCAAACCCAACAUUUUAACAAUGCUCCACCCUGCCCCAGCACUAUGGGUCGCUCGCUCUCUGUCCCAGCUCCAGCUAGUGGUAACCUAAUCGCCCCUGCAACAGGGCAAAGAGUUCUGUCUGGUACUUAAGGUAAGCAGCCAGGGCAGCAAUACUUGCCAUAGGAGGCGGUAUUUACGGUAACGGGAGCAGACUGCGCGGCUGCAUUUACGGUAACGGGGCCGGGCUGGCCAAGGCCGGGCAGCUGGGUCAGCUCCGCCAGCUCGCUGCGCUCUCAGGUGAGAGCACCCGCCCAGGACGUGCAGACGGUGCACAAUGUCCCCUCGGGGCAGUGAGGGGCCGUGGCCCUCGGGUUGGACCCACCGCAGCCACGCCCCGCAGCCGGCACCCCGGGGUCCGAGUGCAGCGCAGCCUCGCGCGUCCGCUGGAGCCACGGUCUGACCCGGGGGGGGACCUGCCCGCGCCCCGCGCCCCGCACCCGGUGCCCUGAGCCCCAAUGGGCCUGUGCUAUAGCCUGCGACCGCUGCUCUUCGGGAGCUCGGGGGAUGCACCCUGCACCGCGGACGAUCCGCGCGCGGAGGACGCGCAGUCCAGCGCCGCCCCAUCCCCAGCCUCGGCCCCGGUGCCAGCCCCGGCUCCAGCGGAGACCCUGCUCCGGCGAGGCGGCGGCCGGAACCCGGCGAGCGCUCGGCCGGUAGCAGAACUGCAGAGCCGGCGGCGACAGGAGCAGCUGCGCGCCGAGGAGCGGGAGGCGGCAAAGGAAGCGAGGAAAGUGAGCCGAGGCAUCGACCGCAUGCUGCGCGAGCAGAAGCGCGACCUGCAGCAGACGCACCGGCUCCUGCUGCUGGGGGCUGGUGAGUCAGGGAAAAGCACCAUCGUCAAACAGAUGAGGAUUCUGCACGUCAACGGCUUCAACCCUGAGGAAAAGAAGCAGAAAAUUCUGGACAUCAGGAAAAAUGUCAAAGAUGCUAUCGUGACAAUCGUUUCAGCAAUGAGUACUAUAAUACCUCCAGUUCCACUGGCCAACCCUGAAAACCAGUUUCGGUCUGAUUAUAUCAAGAGCAUAGCCCCUAUCACCGACUUUGAAUAUUCCCAGGAGUUCUUUGAUCACGUGAAGAAGCUGUGGGACGAUGAGGGGGUGAAGGCCUGCUUUGAGAGAUCCAACGAGUACCAGCUGAUUGACUGUGCACAAUACUUCCUGGAAAGGAUUGACAGCGUCAGUCUGGUUGACUACACACCCACAGACCAGGACCUCCUCAGAUGCAGAGUGCUGACUUCAGGAAUUUUCGAGACACGAUUCCAAGUUGACAAAGUGAACUUUCACAUGUUUGAUGUUGGUGGCCAGAGGGAUGAGAGAAGAAAAUGGAUCCAGUGCUUUAAUGACGUCACUGCCAUCAUUUAUGUGGCAGCCUGCAGUAGCUACAACAUGGUGAUCCGAGAAGACAACAACACCAACAGACUGAGGGAAUCGCUGGACCUGUUCGAAAGCAUCUGGAAUAACAGGUGGUUGCGGACCAUUUCUAUCAUCUUGUUCUUGAACAAGCAAGAUAUGCUGGCAGAAAAGGUCUUGGCAGGGAAAUCAAAAAUUGAAGACUAUUUCCCAGAGUAUGCCAAUUACACUGUCCCGGAAGAUGCAACACCAGAUGCGGGAGAAGAUCCCAAAGUCACCAGAGCCAAGUUCUUUAUCCGAGAUCUGUUUCUGAGGAUCAGCACUGCCACGGGCGACGGCAAACAUUACUGCUACCCCCACUUCACCUGUGCCGUGGACACAGAGAACAUCCGCAGGGUGUUCAACGACUGUCGGGACAUCAUCCAGAGGAUGCACCUCAAGCAGUAUGAACUCUUGUGAGGGUUGCCCACCCUUCCCCGUCACCGCCGACUCUCCUCCCUCUUGGUCACCCCCAGAGGCGGUGUAUCUCUCCCUAGCCUGCCUGUCUGUCUACCCCGAGCCAUGGUAGGGCGUAGUGUUUAGUGUCACCGGGCUGCCCUCUCCUGUCCUGUCCUAGGUUAUGCCUACAUGUGACCAACAAGCCUUUGGCUACCUCUGACCCCCCCAGGUUUGGUCUCUGUAGCUUCUGUUUUUCACUGGACUAAAAACUGGCCUCCCGCCACCAAUGUGUAUCACUGCAAAGCUACCAACUCUCAUGCAGGAGAUAUAGAUACUGCAGUGAAGUGUCUCUGAGUGGGAACCUAUUUAUUCUUUGGUAGCCGAUUGGGCCUAAAGGCAGCGUGGUGAAUGGGGGAAAUGCAUCAUUUUCAAGUUCUCAAGCAUGAUCGCAAAAACUGUCCAUACAGUGCGCCAUGCACUGCGGCUCUUCCUGGUUUUUCCCUUUAUGAAAGGUCAGGCUGGCAGGUAGCUGCCCCUUCUGACCUGCGUUAGCCCAAGGCAUAGAGUAGACCCACGCCAGCAACAGAGCAAGAGGAACUCUUUUCAGCCACUGCUGCCGUGAGCCUCGGGCAUUUGGGGUAGUGUUUCUCGGAGCCUUUCACAUUUAGGCAGAAACCCUGCCAAUUGUAGUAGUGACUGCAAAUCGUAUCCUGUCUAUAAACAAAGGUAUCCUCUACACCUUCCUGAUAGCGGGGCAGAGUCUUUCCUAUCUUCCUUUUGUCGUUGCUCUCCUAGACUGUACAGACCACAAAAUGUAACACUCUUUUGUAUGACGACUCACGAAACCUCCGUGUAGAGUUCUGUGCCUUGGUGAUGGCCACACCUGGAAGGAACUAUGUCCCAGCUGCGCCAAGCAGCUUGCGGGCCACACAGCCUGCUGCGUGCUUUACAGCGGGGGGGACGGGGGGAUCCUGUUCGUCCUAGGCUAUUUUUAUCAGGUCGGUGUUUAUCGUUGACUUCAGAAUCAUCCACUUUACCAGCAAUGCCAUCCCAGCGCCGGAACUGUCGCAGCCACCUGCUUCUACUGCUCUGAACCUCAGCUGCUGCUAACACUGGGAUGACCCGAUUCCAAGGCAUAAGUUACAAUCUGCUCUUUGAGGGUACCAAGGGUUUUCUUCCCCCUGCUGCCCGCCCCCACCCUCUCCAAGAUGAAAUGUUUCUGAUGACUCCUUCAGGUUCCCUAGGUAGGAGCAGGCCUACCAUCCCUUAGUUAAGUUCUACACACAGUCCCAUCGUACCAGAAACAGGUGGUGAGGGGAAAGCAAGGAGGUAUCAAUGUUAGAGCAGUGAGGACAAUAAGGACGGCAUCUUCCGAAGAUGAAAUACUACAAAGCUACUUACUUAGUAUCUAUCUGCAUUGCUAGGGAUGGGCCCAGCACCUAGUGCAUGCUAGGCAAGCACUCUACUGCUAAUCCUUAUCUGCAGCCAUUACUCCAGCCCCACAAAAGCCUUUAUUUUAAAGACAAAAUAUAUGGCUGUUCCUCCCACAUGCAAGAUCUGCAGGUGCAGCCUCGAGUUACAGUAGGACACCUAGAAAAUAACGGUUGCUGCAUCAAUGCACUGUUCUACCCACGGCCGAGGCUUUAGGAAUAGUCAGUCCUCUUAGGCUUAGAGUUAUCUGUAAAGAUGUCCAAAGUUGAAUUUUCAUCAGUCCAAAUGCAGAGGAGUGACAGCCUGCAUCACGUGUUCAUCUCCUCAUUGUUUAGAGUUUAUUCCUGAAGUCGGCACUGUGUAACGCUUCAUAAAUGCAUCCUGGUUGAGAUGCUCUUCCACGGAAGGAUGGCAGCCUUAGUCAGUUCAGCACAUUUCCCGGCUCAUCGUCACUGCCUCCCCAUGCCAUUCUCCACCAUUGCACAAAACUUCUGAGCCCCCACGUGAAAUGAAAGUGACUUUCAGUUCCCCCUGCACUUUCAUAGCAAAGAAGAAAAACUUGCACGCGCACACACACACACAAGUGAAAUUUUCCACUACUCCCUGCAUUAUUACUCAACAGUUCCCUGUUACUAAAGGACUAUUUAAAAGUUUUGUAGGGGCUGAAUAUGUAGCUCUGAUAGAGUACAUGCUUAGCAUGCAUAAACCCUGACUCGAUCAAAAUAAAACAUAUAAAUAAAUAAAAUGGGAUCAUUGAAAAAGAUUGACUCCUUUAGGAAAAAAGAAUAUGCUUUAAUCUGACAAAAUUAUUUACACCAUUUAUUUUUAAAUUCAAGCAUCCAUGUCCUCCUCCAUUUUUUCAAGCUUUAGUCAUCAACAGGCACUGAAUUCAGAUGUGACAACAUGGUCUUCGAGAGAGAAAAUUAAACUAAAAAUCUGGUUCCAUUAGCACAGAAACACAAGAGCCUAUAACAAACAUGUUCCUGCACAUUGAAUCUGUACUUUUGAGCGUACAGCUUCACGAUCUAUAAGAAACUGAGACCCACUUCAUAGAGGGACAGGGAAAAUCCAACUUUUAGGUACACACAUAGCCUCAAGUGUGCGCCAGAGCUGCUGGGCCCUUCCCUGGGGAAGCAAGGGUUGGGUGUUGUGCAUGCAAGUGACCAGUGUCCAUAACAUUUAUAUACUGUACAGAUGCAACCUUUGAUUACACAUAUAUUUGAUAAAACAAAAGACAAAUUUGUUGUAGAGCACAUGUUCCAUUUUUAUAGCAUGAGAACAGUACAGUCAACUGUUUAUUCUGCAGUCACUGGCACUGACGAUUCGGAAUUCCCAUGAUGUGCGUAAGGACAACCAACAUUUGCUCUCCUCCGUGGCUCACAGGAGCCCCACCGGAAGUCCUAAGUCUCUGGCUUUGAUUUAUAUUACCACAUGCAACAGUCACCGGCUCUUCAUCUUCUCGUGUGCAUUCUGCACAGUUUCCAACCAAGCAGGAAAGAUGAAGGCAGGCGUUCAAAAUGCACUAAGAUGAGGAUCAUCAGGAAGCCACCCGCUGCGCCAUACGUGAUCAGCACCCUGUCCUCAAGUGGGAGGUAGCACUUGGAGAGAGCAAAGUCUCUGGAUGUCAGACUGCCCUGGGGAAGAAAUCGAGAAAGUUUAAGCUUCAGGGUGAGUCCCAGGCACAGCAGUCUCACUUAGAGGCUGUCUUCUAGGUUCUCUCUGGUGGGACCGGGAAGGAAGAGCCCUCUCCACCCAGGACUAAGGGGCUUCGAGCAUAACAAGUCACCACCGGCCACCCAGGUGCUGACGGAAGGAAGGCGCCAAAGCUCUGCUGGUUCGGGAAGAAGGUCUGAUAUGCUGGCCCCUCCAUUAAAAUGUAUCCCUCACACAGUAAGGCAGCCCUGGAGGGAGACCAAGAGGCAUCAGUCCCAGAGGAACAAGAGGACAAGAGUUUCCCUGCCACCUGAUAGCAGAGCAGUUACUGUCUGUCACCCAGAAGUGCCCCUGCAACUCCAUAGGCUUCCCAUUGUAAGCAGUUUGCAAUGCGGAAUCAAGGUAGCAAAUGUUUUCACUUACUUGAACUUGAAAACACAAGGGGCCCCCACCUUUUUAUAGAUAGAACCAUACAUAGAAGAGUAGCAUAAGACUGGGCGCAAGGACCCAUGGUUACAAAGGAGGCGUUUCACUGAGUCAACACCUUUCACCAACUUGGAAAUUCUGUAGUACCACGUGCCUGGCACACUUAGAAAAUGAGAGAUGAAGCCGGGCGGCGGUGGUGGCGCACGCCUUUAAUCCCAGCACCCGGGAGGCAGAGGCAGGCGGAUCUCUGUGAGUUCGAGGCCAGCCUGGUCUACAGAGUGAGAUCCAGGACAGGCACCAAAACUACACAGAGAAACCAAAAGAAAAAAGAAAGAAAAUGAGAGAUGACCAAGUCUGUUAAUGCAUUGACAACUCUUUCUUUGUAAACAAACUGGGACUUGCUGGACUCUGCCUCUGCUCUCGAGAUAAAAUUCUGGCAGCUGUUCCUCAGAGUCCCUCUGAAGCCGUGUUCUGCCUAUUUGUCCCCAGACAGGUGAUUACAGACGGGUGGUGUAUACAACUCCAAAGUGCAAAGUGGGCGAUUUAUUUCUGGCUUUUGUAUGUUUUUACAGAUUGCAGCCAUUAAAUAGUUGAUUACUGUGUUGAUUUCAAUACUCCAGGAAGCUUUCAGAUAAAAAUAAAGGUUUACGUUACCAUGA